GGGGAAAGGGCAGGGGCACGCGCAGGGUUUUUUCACACUUUUGUAAACAACAUGGCGAUUCACGACUGGCCCUGCUAGCCAACCGAUCACUGGGCUGUCAAACUUCAGCUGCUGUGCUUUACAAACGUUGCGCGUCGGACCGUGCGGAGGUUACGCGUCGGGGGCCACAUUGUUACGCUCGCACCGAGACGACACAAAGACGCUGGACCCACGAGCUGUCAGGAAGACCGUUUGACAGUUAAACGGCCCUCUUCGGUCUAUGGGCUCUCAGUCCAGUUCUGGGAUGUCUGGUGGAAGGGGUUCUUCCAGUGGCAACCCAGCUGAGCAGCCUGAAGCAUCGGAACCAAACCAGAGCAGCAGCAGCAGCAGCAGCAGCAGCAGCAGCAGUAGUAGCAGCAGCAGCAGCAGCAGCCGGGGCCGCAGGACGGCUGACAGGCAACAAGUAGACAUACAGCCGGCAUCGGAGGAGGACGUUGACUUAGCUGAAGUGCUGGCUUACCUACUGAGGAGGGGCCAGGUCCGUCUGGUCCACGGGAGUGGAGCCACGGGGCUGCAGCUGGUCCAGUCAUACUCUGACUCUGAUGAGGACAGCGACGGAGCCUGGGAUGGUCGUCUGGGGGACCGCUACAAUCCACCAGUGGACACCCAACCCGACACACAGGAAGUGGACCAAAGUGAGAUCCGAACUCAGAUCCUGCUGGCCACCGGCUCCUUGACCGCGAAGGGCCGCCCGAGUUUCACCCACAUGCUAACAGAGAGGAGGCAAGGCAGAUGUAGAGGCUCCAGUUUUUCUCAUGGGGAGUGCAGUCGUAUCCGCACACAUUUUCUGCCAAACUAUGUAUCUCACAAGGAUACGUACCAGCAGAAAGCUUUCUGUGGAGUGUACAGCGAGGACGGCAGCAUGUUCCUCUCCGCCUGCCAAGACCAGAACAUCCGCUUGUACGACACCACCAGGGGGCGCUUUCACUUACGGAGGACAGUGAAGGCUCGCGACGUGGGCUGGAGUGUUCUGGACGUCUGCUUCACCCCCGACGGACAAAAUGUGCUCUACUCCAGCUGGUCCGACUACAUUCAUUUGUGCAGUAUUGAUGGAGACAGUGAAAACCACACCGCCCUGGACCUCAAUCCAGAUGAGAGGAGGUUCUGUGUGUUCUCACUGGCUGCGUCCACAGAUGGCAAUGAGAUCCUGGGAGGAGCGAAUGACGGCUGCCUUUACGUUUUUGAUCUCGAGCAGAAUAAAAGAACGUUGAAGAUUGAUGCCCACGAGGACGACGUGAAUGCGGUGGCGUUUGCCGACAGCUCGUCCCAGCUGCUCUUCUCUGGCAGCGACGACGCGCUGUGCAAGGUGUGGGACAGACGAACGCUGCGGGAGGACAGACCGCAGCCUGUCGGACAGCUGGCCGGCCACCGAGACGGCAUCACCUUCAUCCACAGCAAGGGUGAUGCACGCUAUCUGAUCAGCAACUCAAAGGACCAGUCCAUCAAGCUCUGGGACAUCAGGAAGUUCUCUCCCAAAGAAGGCUUGGCAGCUUCCCGUCUGGCUGUCACCCAACAAAACUGGGAUUACCGCUGGCAGCAGGUUCCCCAGAGAGCCUUGAAGAGACACAAGCUGACAGGCGACACCUCGGUGAUGACCUACCGUGGCCACGGCGUUCUGCACACCCUCAUCCGCAGCCGCUUCUCUCCAGAGUUCAGCACUGGACAGAGGUUCAUCUACUCCGGCUGCUCCACUGGCAAAAUCAUCAUUUAUGACGUCCUGACGGGCGGCGUAGUCUCCAGACUGUCGGGCCAUGACGCGUGUGUGAGGGACGUCAGCUGGCACCCAUACGAGGACAACAUCGUCAGCAGCUCUUGGGACGGAGCGGUGCGAAUGUGGGAGCACAGACAGACCCAUCCGCUGGAGGAGGAGAGAGAGCGAGUCUGACAACGGGCGAGAGGCCUUUGGACAGCCAGAGACGAGGAGAGACAAAGGAAAAGGUGUGACAUCAAGGAAGUGACAUCACCACAGACGGGGGGGGGGGGAGGCUGGCCCGAACACAGGACGUCUAUACGCUCAGAAGGACUGGGAGAGACUUCAAUAUUUUUUUAAUUCAAUGCUGGAUAUUAAUGAUUACAGUUAUAGCGUGGUGGUUGAGAAGUGUUCAUUUGGAAGGCAUUAUAGCCUUACAUUGUCAAGAGCAGAUUAGGGCACAGUGGGACGGCCUACUUCAGAUUUUCCAAUUUUUUUUGCUUCACUGUUUCGCGGAAAAAGAAUCAGCGAUGGGCCAAAGCUUUUGAAUUUGGCCUGAAACACUUCAUGGAAAUGUGCUGAGGCUGGAAACGCUCAGCACGGCACUUACUUAAGGAUGUCUUGAAAUGUAAUGAUAAGUUAGUUUUAUGAAAGUCAAUGUUGGAUAUUGCAGCGUGGGACUGGCGAUGAUAAUUCUGUAUAAAUGUAUAGUAUUUUAAUGGUAUGUGCAUUCAGGGAGUGUAUUUAGAUAGUUGUCAGUGUGCUGAUUUGGACUCUUGACCUUUACUGGUAUGAACAUCCUGAGCUCGGUCCGUUUUUGAGGGGCCGUCGCGUUCAAGGUCCACAUUUAGAGACCGAUUAUUUUAUAACAAUCCAGUACAGUGUAUAUACCAGUUGCCUGAGUCACGACUCAUGUCACUGUCCGGAGUUUACCAUUGGUCCACGUCUUGGUCAGCUGUUCCUGCUUCCCGUGUUGGACGUCCACAGCUUACCGAGUGUCGUUUUACCCGUCGAGCUCACAAUGAUUUUAUGUUUCAACGUCUCCAAGUCACCUCAAGUCUGCCGUCUCAGUCUGAGGUCUUCUUAUGGAUCCUGGGUCAGCACUCAAGUCUGAACUCGAGCCCUGAAAGAAAAAGAAAAGAGGUUGUGGUUGGCCACACCAAAACGAACCUCGCGAUCAUCUGAAAAGAUUUGAUGACAUGUUGAGGUCGAGACUCGGUGAAGGGACUGUGGAUGGUGUGCGUGGAUCAAAACGUACACACGGAUCUGUUUAUGCAAUUUCCAGGUGUUUAUAUCAAAGCUCAUGUUUCACUCUCCGACCGUUGUUUUACAGUAACAAUAAAAACCUUUCAAUGUGUCGCCACAA